UUUGUCAAAAGAAAACUAUGUAUUUCAUGCUGCAGUGGGCAGUCUUUAAAGAUAGUAUCGCGAGAUGUAUGACGUAAGCUUAGGUCACGAAGGCGCUGCAGUUUUCGACUGCAAUCGGGAAACAACCUCCACCGACCUUCCUUUCAUUCCCGUAAUCCGUCUGCGAAGGGUGUGCUCCGGAGCUAGACUCGGCACACAUUUUAUUAUUAUGAAACAAACCAAAAGCUAGAGCGCACACGCAGACAUAUUUUUAUAAGAAAAACAAAAAUCGGUGAAGCAGGAUUUCAUUUGCCAAAAAAAAUAAAUAAAAACAAACAAAGCGAAGAAGACGCUGACAACAAACGCAAAAGACGGGACGAGGAACGGUUGCACGCUGAGCUCCAUUUAUCCUUAUUGUUGGAAGCGUGUGUAACUAGCGUUAGCUAUUUGAAUUGUAACCAUUUAUCCACCCUUUGUUUUUUUAUUUUAUAAUUUCUAUUGUCUUUACUGCCAGACGACUUAGUUUCACAUAAGGUCGGUGGUGCACGCUUAAAAUCUUGGGGAGUAACAGCUACAUCGAUUAGGCCAAGCUCCGACAUUUUGCUAAUCAAGCUAAAUGAGCCCACGUUGCUAACACCAUAGAAUUUUGCGCUAGCGGCAUUUGUUAAGCUACAUUGCGAAGGUAAUAGCCAACGAACACAGGAACCUCUGGCUAUCGAUUAUUUAAAAUCACGAAAUAGUUUUAUCUGAUAUCAAGCGAUAUUAGAAAUGAAUCCUAGCGCGCCUAGUUACCCCAUGGCCUCCCUCUACGUGGGGGAUCUGCAUCCAGAUGUUACUGAAGCCAUGCUCUAUGAAAAAUUCAGCCCAGCUGGACCUAUUCUAUCCAUCAGAGUUUGCAGAGACAUGAUCACACGCCGAUCACUUGGAUAUGCCUACGUCAAUUUCCAACAGCCUGCAGAUGCUGAGCGAGCCCUGGAUACCAUGAACUUCGAUGUGAUCAAAGGCAGACCUCUGCGCAUUAUGUGGUCUCAGCGUGACCCCUCGCUCAGGAAGAGUGGAGUGGGCAACAUCUUCAUUAAGAACCUCGACAAAUCCAUUGAUAACAAGGCUCUUUAUGACACCUUUUCUGCCUUUGGAAACAUCCUUUCCUGUAAGGUGGUUUGUGAUGAAAAUGGCUCAAAAGGUUACGGCUUUGUGCACUUUGAGACCCAUGAGGCUGCUGAGCGAGCCAUUGAGAAAAUGAAUGGCAUGUUACUCAAUGACAGAAAAGUAUUUGUUGGACGCUUCAAAUCCCGUAAAGAGCGGGAGGCUGAGCUUGGUGCUCGUGCAAGAGAGUUUACCAAUGUUUACAUCAAAAACUUUGGGGAAGAUAUGGAUGAUGAAAAACUAAGGGAAUUGUUCAGCAAAUACGGACCUGCGCUCAGCAUCCGGGUAAUGACAGACGAGAGCGGCAAGUCCAAGGGCUUUGGCUUUGUUAGCUUUGAGAGACAUGAAGACGCACAAAAGGCCGUGGAUGAUAUGAAUGGUAAAGAACUGAACGGCAGACAGGUGUAUGUGGGUCGUGCACAGAAGAAAGGGGAGCGUCAAAACGAACUUAAGCGUAAAUUUGAGCAGAUGAAACAAGAUCGCAUGACCAGAUACCAGGGCGUCAACCUGUAUGUGAAAAAUCUGGACGAUGGCCUGGAUGAUGAACGCCUGCGCAAAGAAUUCUCUCCAUUUGGAACCAUAACAAGUGCAAAGGUAAUGAUGGAGGGUGGCCGCAGCAAAGGCUUUGGUUUUGUGUGCUUCUCUUCUCCUGAAGAAGCCACCAAAGCUGUAACUGAGAUGAACGGGCGUAUUGUUGCUACAAAGCCACUGUAUGUAGCAUUGGCCCAGCGCAAGGAGGAACGCCAGGCCCAUCUGACCAAUCAGUACAUGCAGAGGAUGGCUACUGUCCGUGCUGUGCCCAACCCUGUCCUCAACCCCUAUCAGGCUGCCCCACCCUCAGGCUACUUCAUGGCAGCUAUACCUCAGGCUCAGAACCGUGCCGCUUACUACUCUGCCAACCAACUGGCUCAACUCCGCCCAAGCCCUCGCUGGGCUACUCAAGGAGUUCGUCCUCAACACUUCCAGAACAUGCCCAAUGCUGUGCGUCCAUCAGCUCCCAGACCCCAGGCUUUCAACCCAAUCCGUCCCACCACCACCACCAACACCCAGGUGCCGCGCAUGAUGGCUUCUCAGAGAAUGCCCACCCAGGCCCUGAGCCAGCGUCCUGCCAGUGCUUCAGCCACUGCAGCACCAGUGCGCGCCAUGCCCCAGUACAAAUAUGCUGCCGGUGUUCGCAAUCCUCAGCAGCACAUGCCCACACAGCCGCAGGUCACUAUGCAGCAGCCUGCUGUCCAUGUGCAAGGACAGGAGCCAUUGACUGCUUCUAUGUUGGCUGCAGCCCCUCCUCAGGAACAGAAGCAGAUGCUGGGUGAGCGUCUCUUCCCCCUGAUCCAGAACAUGCACCCCAGCCUAGCAGGCAAGAUCACUGGGAUGCUUCUGGAGAUCGACAACUCUGAGCUUCUUCACAUGCUUGAGUCACCGGAGUCACUGCGCUCAAAGGUGGAUGAGGCUGUUGCUGUGCUACAGGCCCACCAGGCCAAGGAAGCUGCUCAGAAGUCCACCACCCCUGCUAAUGUCUAAGAUCAAGCAUUUUGAAACCUGCUUCACCGAUGGAAAAAGAGAAAAAAAAAUUAAACAUUGAAAAAUCUAAAACUCUGAAAACAUUGCAAAAUGAUAAAUUAUUUCUUAAAAAAAGAGAAAACAAUUGACUUUGCCAGGUCUAGGUGUUGGUUUGACUAGACCUUGAUCAUAAAGAAAAAUUUGUGGAAAAAAAUAGCAAAAUAGAGAAAAUUGAAAUUUCAGAAUUUGAAUGCAUUCCUCUGUUUUAUGUCAUUUUACUCUGUCUGUGCUCAGAAUAUCAGCCAUGAUCAGGAUGGUGGUUGCUGAGCCUUCGGAAAGGUGAUUUGUAUCGUAAACUACUGGCAGUAAUAAAUGCUCAUUCAAAUUA